AUGCUCAUCCUCUUCACCUGGGCAAACCUACCCGCCAACCUCCGAUCAGAAUCUUCCCCCGCCUUAGUUCCGGCUGCUCUGCCUCAAAUCCCUCCACAUGCAAAUCCAAUCUCCAUCUCUUCGACUCUCCAGUUCUCUCCUCCAAAUUCUUCCCUUCUCAAAUCGCCGCCCACCUCCUCUCUUUCCCAAUCUCCCCACCUGUCGUUGCCGCUGCCGCAAUGGAGAGACAAUCUUGUUGAUUUGCCGAAAUCAGAUUCAACCCUCGAGAUUUCAAUUCGUCAAUUGAAAUAG